CGGGCAAGGCGAGUCAGACAACACGAGGAUGUGGUGGUGAGAGAGGCGGAGCUGCGAUGCGGUCUAAGAUGGGAUAUAUGGAUACGAGGUAUUGGUGCUAGACCGCAAGCGGGUGGAAGGAGAACGGGCGCGCCGGAAAAGAAAGAAAGCCCAACGCCCCAGAAAGGGCGACGAGGGCGACGAUGAUGUAGGUGCCGGCCCUUGUUGUCCCGGGUGCCUGGGAGAAGGGGGAAACGAAUGCCCAUCAUUCCGGCUUUGGGACAGCCACGGGGCGAGAGGGGAUCGUGGGCCGACCGACUUGGGUUGUGCCUAUCCACAGCUCCCCCCUUUCCCCCUGCCGCCCAUGCCCGUCCGCGAUUCGCCGAGCAAGCGACCCCGUAUAUACAGAGCUCGUAUAUUACGGAGUCGACGACAGCAGUUCUAUUCUUACCCCUCGCUUCCGCUGGCAUAUGGCUCGGUGCGCGUAUACCCACGGGAUGGCCGGCUGUUUACUUGCGCACCUCUCAUCCACGGGCAGGCCGUCGACCAGCGAUCAAUCGCCUGGCCGGGCCCGGCAACCAGACCCUUUCCUCUUCCUGUCGUCGCCCGGCGGCCGGCGCAGACCAUUCCACCGGCAUUCUAGUUAUCCACCGACAUGGCUGUUCACGCGCCACAGAUAGUGUAAAUGUGCACAGUAACUCUCCGUACGCUCCUCCGCCGCCUGCGAAGCGACACCGCAGAUCUUCACUCUUUGCGGGAUCGCGCCAGACGCCGCAGUGCGCGCGUACUCACACUAAGCAGGCCCGUCCGGCAAGCGGUCAGCCAGCAGGGGCAAGUUGGCUAAAUACUCCGGCAAAGAGGGGAGAACCUCCUCUCUCCUGUCUCCUCUUCCACAGCUACUCCGACUCCAUUAGGUUCGUGGCGACCAGGUGGCUGCUGGCUGGCUUGGCCUACCUACCUGCAUAUGCAUGUAAGGUUACUUGCCAUCCUGCCGCCCUGCCUCCCCCCUCCCUCGUGUAUGCAAUGGUAGGCUGGGUGUAGAUCGCGAGUGCGUCGGCGCGGAGGAUUUGGGCGGUAUAUUUGUAUGCAUGCAGCAGCGCGCGUAGCCGAG